CUUCCAGUUGAAAUCGUUAAUGCUCCGCCGCCACCAAAAAUAUCCAAAUCAUCGCAUCCGUCGACACCUCCUCCGCCUGAAAUCUCGAAACAGCGCAGUCCAUCCCCUGCUAAAGGUGGAGCGUCGCAAACUUCAUUAUCUAUCGAAGAAACUAACAAAAUUCGUGCAAAGUUAGGAUUAAAACCAUUAGAAGUAGAUAAUACAUCUAAAGAUGAUCCUAGCAAAAUUAAAGAUGAUCUGGGCGAGUUUUAUCACAAACCUGCACCAAAC